AUGGCUACCUUGUCGAACGGAAUGCUUCAGGAUAUUCAUUCUUUGCACAAUGGCUCGCAACUUGCUCAUCAACAGCAAUCUGCCAGCAUUCCAAUGAAAGACCAUGAUGCGGUGAAGUUAUUUGUGGGUCAAAUUCCACGAAAUCUUGAGGACAAAGACUUGAGACCUGUUUUUGAGGAAUACGGACAAAUUUACGAGUUAACGGUGCUGAAAGACCGCUUCACGGGACUUCAUAAAGGCUGCGCAUUCCUCACAUAUUGCAGUAGAGACAGUGCUCUAAAUGCCCAGCAAGCGCUACACGAACAAAAAACAUUACCAGGGAUGAACCGUCCAAUCCAAGUGAAACCGGCCGACAGCGAAAGCAGGGCAGGUACGAAAACAGACGAAGAAGACAGAAAAUUGUUUGUUGGUAUGUUGAACAAACAACAAUCAGAAGACGAAGUACGACAACUUUUCCAGCCCUUCGGUUCUAUUGAGGAGUGCACCAUACUUCGGGAUCAAAACGGAAACAGUAAAGGCUGUGCUUUUGUGAAAUACACGUCACAUGCUGAGGCCCAAUCAGCGAUAAACGCCCUUCACGGUAGUCAGACGAUGCCUGUACGUAUAAGAAUCAAGAGAAACAUUGAUUACAGUCGUCUUUUUGGUGCCUCUUCCAGCCUUGUUGUCAAGUUUGCCGAUACAGAGAAGGAACGACAACUGCGGAGGAUGCAGCAGAUGGCUGGACCCCUAGGUCUCCUUAAUCCCUUCGCUCUCUCACAGAUCGGUGCUUAUGGUGCUAUAGCGCAGCAACAAGCAGCAAUAGUAGCAGCCGCUGCGUCUCAGGGUCCAUACCUGACCAGCCCAGUGACAACGCUAGCUCACAUCCCCCAGGUCGGAGGACUAACGGCCCCUAACGGAAUCUCCACUGCAGCCCUUACACCUACCACAGCGUCCCUCGUAGCCAGUGACUUUGAAUUUUGCCCGCGGUCAGGUACCCCGACCCUGAAUGGAGGUCCUCCCAGCGUUUUAUCACCCACUGCCGUAGCAAGUUUCCAGAUGUCACAAUCCAACGGACAAACACAAGAAAUAUACGCUAACGGAAUUCCACAUUACGCAGAUAAUGGUACUUCUGCGUACAUCUUACCAGCACGUAACACUUUUCUGCCCUUUGCAGCGCAAGCAAUGGCCAAUGGCGAUCCCCUCCAAGCCUAUGCGAGUGUCCAGCCGUACGCAGGAAUCGCUUAUCCAGCCGCAUAUCCCACAAUGCAACAGGCUUUGGCACAGCAUGCUACCCUUAUUCCAGCUGCACAAAAAGAAGGGGCUUUCAUAGGAGGCCAGGGACCAGAAGGAUGUAAUUUAUUCAUUUAUCACCUACCCCAAGAGUUCGGUGAUGCCGAAUUGGCCCAAAUGUUUAUGCCUUUCGGUAACGUCAUCAGUGCUAAAGUCUAUGUUGAUCGGGCCACCAAUCAGAGCAAAUGCUUUGGUUUUGUGAGUUUUGACAACCCAACAAGUGCACAGGCCGCCAUCCAGGCCAUGAAUGGUUUCCAGAUAGGGAUGAAGCGACUAAAAGUUCAACUCAAGCGCCCUAAAGACGCCAACAGACCAUAUUAGGAUCGUAUAGGAAGGGAGAUUAUCUGGUGUGGUUAGAAAGAAUCACAAGGAGGCAACUUCAUGACAGAAGAGAUUAUCCCUGACGUCACUUGGGAUCAAUUUAUUGCUUACACUGGAACUUAGAGAAGGCUUGAAUGCUGAUCAGUGUUGAGGAGAUAGUU